AUGACUCACCUGAAGCAAGGGCCUUCAGGAGCACGAGGUCUCCGCCAAGUGGACCUCCUGACCCCUCAUCCACCCCCAGACUGGCAGGCGGGCACUGGGCAGGCCCAGGCGUCUCCCAUGCCCUCCGCCUGGCAAGACAUUUGCCUCUUUAUGGAGGCAGAUGCAGAAAGAUCGCACACGUGGGUCCAAAAUGAAAUUCAAAUGGUUUUUACAAGGAGAUGCCAGGCAUCCGAGGCCCAGGGUCUGGACAACACAGGGCUCUGCUGGCGCCGGGGCCUGGCAUGUCUCUUCCUGAGCUUCCAGCAGCACCUGUGCCCUGGAGCUGCUGGCAUGGAGGUAGCUUCUCCCCAUUUUGCUGCUGGCCUUCCCUAG